GACAGUAAAAAUCCCAGAUUCAGCUGACGGUCUUGGAUUCCAGAUCAGAGGAUUUGGUCCUUCUGUUGUGCAUGCGGUGGGAAGAGGAACUGUGGCUGCAGCAGCUGGCCUUCACCCUGGACAAUGCAUUAUCAAAGUAAACGGAAUCAAUGUGAGCAAAGAGACUCACGCCAGUGUCAUUGCACACGUGACAGCCUGCCGGAAAUACAGGCGGCCAAUGAAGCAAGAUUCCAUACAAUGGGUUUAUAAUAGCCUUGAGAGCGCUCAAGAGGACCUCCAAAAGUCUGUCUCCAAACCCCCUGGAGAUGAAGCAGGGAGUGCUUUUGACUGUAAAGUAGAAGAGGCAAUUGACAAGUUCAACACCAUGGCCAUCAUUGAUGGGAAGAAGGAACACGUGAGUCUGACAGUGGAUAAUGUGCACCUGGAGUAUGGGGUUGUGUAUGAGUAUGACAGCACGGCUGGGAUAAAGUGCAAUGUGCUGGAGAAGAUGAUCGAGCCCAAAGGGUUCUUCAGCUUAACUGCCAAGAUUCUUGAAGCCUUGGCUAAAAGUGAUGAUCAUUUUGUACAAAACUGUACCAGCUUUACUUCUCUAAAUGAACUGAUUCCCACUGAUCUUCAGAGUAAAUUCAGUGCUAUGUGCAGUGAAAGAAUCGAGCACAUAUGUCAGAGAAUAUCCAGUUAUAAAAAGUUCUCUCGUGUGCUGAAGAACAGGGCCUGGCCUACCUUUAAACAGGCCAAAGCCAAGAUCUCUCCACUGCACAGCAGUGAUUUCUGCCCUACCAACUGCCACGUUAAUGUGAUGGAAGUUUCUUAUCCUAAAACAUCAACGUCCCUGGGGAGUGCAUUUGGUGUUCAGCUGGAUAGUAGGAAACAUAACUCUCCUGAUAAGGAGAGUAAGUCUGAACAAGGGAAACUGAGUCCUAUGGUGUACAUUCAGCACACAAUCACGACCAUGGCAGCUCCUUCUGGUCUGUCUCUGGGACAGCGAGAUGGCCAUGGGCUCCGGUAUUUGUUGAAGGAAGAAGAUUUAGAGACCCAAGAUAUCUAUCAGAAACUGCUGAGCAAACUCCAGACUGCACUGAAAGAGGUGGAGUUAUGUGUUUGUCAAAUAGAUGACCUUCUGUCUUCAAUAACAUAUUCUCCUAAAUUGGAGCGUAAGACAUCAGAGUGCAUAAUACCAACAGACAGCGACAAUGAGAGGGGAGAAAGAAAUAGCAAACGAGUUUGUUUUAAUGUAGCAGGAGAUGAACAAGAAGAUUCAGGUCAUGACACCAUCAGUAACAGAGACUCUUACAGUGACUGCAACAGCAACAGGAACUCCACCGCCUCAUUCACGAGCAUCUGCAGCAGCCAGUGCAGCUCCUACUUCCACAGCGACGAGAUGGACUCAGGUGAUGAGUUUCCCCUGAGUGUUCACAUUUCUCGAGAUAAACAGGACAAGAUACACAGUUGCCUGGAGCAUCUUUUCAGCCAGGUGGAUUCAAUUACCAAUCUCCUAAAAGGACAAGCUGUCUUGAGGGCCUUUGAGCAAACCAAGUAUUUCACACCAGGCCGAGGGUUACAAGAAUUCCAACAGGAAAUGGAAGCAAAGCUGAGUUGUCCAAAAAGGUUAAGACUUCACAUCAAGCAAGACCCUUGGAAUCUUCCCAGCAGCGUCCGGGCUCUUGCUCAGAACAUCAGAAAAUUUGUCGAAGCUCAGAUCUCAAUUAGCAGCCACAGAGAUGAGGUAAAAUGUCGGAUACUCUUGGCUCUCCUUGAAUAUUCAGACAGUGAAACACAGCUCCGGAGAGACAUGGUUUUCUGCCAAAGUCUCGUGGCUACCGUCUGUGCCUUCUCAGAGCAGCUCAUGGCGGCCUUGAACCAGAUGUUCGACAACAGCAAGGAGAAUGAGAUGGAAACCUGGGAGGCCAGCAGAAGGUGGUUAGACCAGAUAGCGAAUGCAGGUGUUCUUUUUCACUUUCAGUCUCUACUGUCGCCAAACUUGACAGAUGAACAAGCCAUGCUAGAAGAUACACUGGUUGCACUAUUUGAUUUGGAAAAAGUUUCCUUUUACUUUAAACCAUCAGAAGACGAACCACUGGUUGCAAAUGUUCCUCUUACAUAUCAAGCAGAAGGAAGCCGGCAAGCUCUGAGAAUUUAUUUCUACAUUGAUAGUUAUCAUUUCGAACAACUGCCACCACGGCUGAAAAAUGGAGGGGGGUUUAAGAUCCAUCCUGUUCUCUUUGCACAAGCACUGGAAAGCAUGGAAGGAUAUUAUUAUAGAGACAAUGUUUCAGUGGAAGAUUUUCAAGCCCAGAUAAAUGCAGCCUCCUUGGAAAAGGUCAAACAGUACAACCAGAAGCUCAGGGCAUUCUACUUGGACAAGUCAAAUUCACCACCAAAUUCCACAUCUAAAGCUGCUUAUGUAGACAAGCUAAUGAGGCCUCUCAAUGCUUUGGAUGAACUUUAUCGACUGGUAGCCUCGUUUAUCAGAUCCAAACGCACAGCUGUCUGUGCAAACACAGCUUGCAGCGCCUCUGGAGUUGGACUGCUGUCAGUUUCCUCGGAACUGUGUGACAGGCUAGGAGCCUGUCAUAUCAUCAUGUGUAGCAGUGGUGUGCAUCGGUGCACCCUGAGUGUGACUCUGGAGCAGGCCAUCAUUCUGGCCAGAAGCCACGGGCUACCUCCUCGCUACAUCAUGCAGGCUACAGACGUGAUGCGGAAGCAGGGAGCAAGAGUUCAAAACACAGCAAAGAAUUUGGGAGUCAGAGACCGGACCCCUCAGUCAGCUCCCAGGCUGUACAAGCUGUGUGAGCCCCCUCCCCCAGCUGGAGAAGAAUGAGGAGAAUUCCCAGGGAACAAAGCAAGCAAAAACUUCCGAACACUGACCUAGACAAAGCACAUGUGGUCUCAACAUUCUCCACUGAAAAGAUAAAAAUAUGCCUUUUGAAAAUAUAAAUCUUUCCCCAUAAAUAGCUGAUGUUCAGUUUGUACUUGGGUAUUGAUGCUGGAAAUAGAUAGGAGUUUGGACAAUUCAGCCUCACAAAAUAAUCUCUACAUAUUGACAGUAAAUAUUCGUUAUUAGGUCAAAACUCAUCUGCAAAACUUACAGGAAAACUAUUGGGGUAAAAAAUUUAACUACUGUGCCUCCUCAUUUUUUAAUUUUAUUGUGCUUGUUUUCAGCUUCCUCAAAGGGACACAUAUAGUAAUGGAUAGGGUUUUUUUGAAGAACAACACCAUUCAAAUCAUCAAUUGCAGAGGACAUCGUCCAUGUUAAGGACAUGUAACUGGGUGGCAUGGGUGGUCUGUCCCCCACCUGCAUCAGAAAAGUAUCUGUGUGCAAGGUGGGGAGUGGGCUUCACACCUUCUCCUAAGGACUUCUCCGGAGAGAAGAGAGUGAUAGAGGCCUCCAGCGAGACUUUCUUCCUUGCUUCAGGUACAUUUUGUGCUUGUGGACAAUUCCAGCAAACUGGUGCUGUCCUUGGUCCCUGCGAUGGACCAUGCAUGCUGGUGCUGUACCAUCAGUGACCAUAGGUAGGGAGGAGUGGGAGCCCAGGAAGUGACAAGAAAGGCAAUGAGUGAAGAACAGAAAAAUAAGCCUAAUUUAAAAACUCAAUCUUUAACUUAGAAAUAUACCUACUACUCUUAAUUUUAUGAAGCCUUUCCUAUGAAAUGUCAGACUGUUAAGAGAAUUUACCAUCAUGAGUACAUUUCUAUCAAUUAUGUGAAAAUAAUGUUUAUUUAUUUUACUUUUAGAGGACUGUUAUGAACCUUGAUAAUUUAUGAACACAAGGUAUAUUCUAUCUUCAUUCUAAACUACAUGUGAUGUUUUUAGCAUUGUAAAUACAUUAAUAUUGAUUUUAAAUACAUAACUUUUAAGCUAAUUAAAGCAUUCUUUCUGCGAUUAUAAGAAUUAGAGUCACAUAUUGCUUGAAGACAGGGAUGAGUUCUGAGAGAGGCACCAUUAGGCAAUGCCAUCUUUGUCAGACAUUGUGUAGCACCAUCAUUCUAUGAUUAACCGUGUAAUCUUAGGGACCACCUUUGUGUGUGCUGUCACCAUUGACCAAAUGCCAUUAUGCACCACAAGACUGUCUAUGGAUUUAGUAUAAGUAUGUGAAAUGUUUUUCAUAACUAAAUGUUAAGCAAGCCUUUGUUAAAUUUAUUUAUGAAAUCUAAUAAUGGUUUCAGGCUAUCCUUAAGAAUCUUCACUAACUGUUGUACAUUGAAUAACAAAAAUACAGUGCUACAAAUGUGUUAAAUGUCUAUGUCUGACUAGUCAAGGUAAUGGUAAUUGUUAUUUGGCACAGAAGCACUAAGGCUUUUGUAGUAAGUCCAUCUGUAUGCAACAAUAUGGAAGCCAACAUCAGAGGUUCCAAAGACAAAGCUGAACAUUUUGAAUUUCAUAAAGAUAUGACCUUUAUGUACAUAGCUACAUUAAGUAUAUCCUUAACUUUCAGGGAUUUAACAUUCUUAAUAGUAUCAGCCAGUGACCCUGAAAGCUAAUAAUUUUCUUGCCCUGAAUAUUGGGUAACGUUGAAUGUGAGCUAAUGAGUGAACAGAACUGGUUAACUUGCCAGUACUUUCCAUGUUGUCAUUACUUCACUGUUCUGGUAGUGAUCCUCAUUAGAGUCAUGAAAGGGUCUCCUCAACAAGUCAGUUGUACUUUGCCGUAUUUCAUCAAGAUGUUGCCUGCUAUUGUAGUAUUUAUAACAAAUCUUGAGAAUCUACUCUAUAUAGUAGAAUAUACCUUUAGGGCUAAACAUGAGCAUACUAUCAGUAUGCAUGGCACUUACUAAAUACUUAAAAGUUAGUAGUGGUCUAUAUUAACAUCAGUCACUAUAAUUUUUAUUGUAAUAAAAUUGUAGCUAACACUUUUAAUGUUUACUGAAUGCCCAGUGAUACCUCUGCGUAGCCUGUUGUACACUGUUACAGCUUCACAGACUCCUCACAACAGCAAUGUGAGAUGGUAUUCUUUUUGUUACUCCAUUUCACAGGUGAAGAACUGAAGAAUAGCCCAGUGACUUACACAAAUUCAUGUUAACAAGUGGUAGAGCCAAACUUUAAACCCAGGA